GGGCUGGGGGGAGACACACAGAGGGGACACACCUCUUGAUUAUUGAAUUCAAGUGUUUUAAUCCGACCCAUUGCCACAGUUGUAUAAAAUCAAGCACCUAGCCAUGCAGUCUACAUUUACGAACAUUAGAAUACAAGUGUGGUACUGUGAUAGAAUACCUUUGCAAUAAGUCAGUCAUGACGUUUCAUCCCUGCUAGAUAUUCCACCGUGAACUGUAAGUGGUAUUAUUGGAAAGUGAAAGCAUUUAGGAACAGCAACAACUCAGCCACUAAGCGGAAAACCAUGUAAAGUCACUGAGUGGAGUCACCGAGUGCUGAGAAGCGUGGUGAGUAAAAGUCACCAACGCUAUGCUGAUUCCAUAGCUGAAGAGUUCCAAACGUCUACUGGAAUUAAUAUCAGUACAAAAACUGUGGCAGGAGCUUUAAGGAAUUGGUUUCCUUGGCCAAGCAACUGAAGGCAAGCCUCACAUCACCAAACACAAUACCAAGCGUCGGAUCAAGUUGUGUAAAGCAUGACAGCACUGGACUCUGGAGCAGUGCAAACAUGUUCUGUGGAGGGAUUAAUCACGCUUCUAUGCUUUGCUGUUUGGGUUUGACAGAUGUCAAGAGAAUGUUACCUGUCUGACUGUAUGGUGUCAACUGUAAAGUUUGGUGUUGGAAGGAUAAUGGUAUGGGGCUGUUUUUCAGAGGUUGUGUAGGCCUCUUACUUCCAAUGAAUGGAAAUCUUGAAAUCUUAAUGCUUCAGCAUGGCAAGACAUUUUGGACAGUGCAAUGCUUCUACCAUUGUGGGAAGAGUUUGGGUAAAACCCUUUUCUUUUUUUUUCUUUUUAUUCUUUUUUUUUCCAUCUUGGCGGGCACAUUGAUAGAACAUCAUCAUAAUGGCUUGUGCAAAAGCCAAAUAACAUGUCAUACAUAUGAACAAUGCGACAUAACAGGCUACCAUUGACACUGCAUGUUCAACAUAGGUAAUAAUUUCUUCACCCUCCACCAAGGAGUUUUUCAUAUUUUAAAUGAACUUUUAACUGACAUUAAACAGUAGGCAGAACAAUUUAAUCUACUUCACGAUGGCAGUUACUAUCUUGCUUUUAUGAUAUGUGAUUGCAAGCCUUCUAUGGGAGUUAGUUCCACUAACCGGGGCCGUCUUGUUGAGUUGGCCUUGCCUGCACCCGUAUGGUGCCAUCUAUGUGUUCUCUAUUUCUAUACUAAUUAUAUAGCUAUAUUGUUUUUGGUACUGUCUAAGUACUUCAUUAUACCCUCAAAUUAGGUAUCCCCUGGACUAGUGUCCAAACUCCAGCGCCGCUGCACUCCUCUCUCUUUGUGCCUUGCGUACCCUCUAGAAUGCACCGGUUCCAAGUACCACCGCAUUCCAUUCAGACACACCUCUCUCCUCCUGUCGUGCAGUAAUGUGCUGUGGUAAUUGUUAAAUUGUCUCCCAUCUUUACUUUAAUUUGUCUGCUUUGUCCUAGUGUUCAUCUGUUCCCCUGUAUAGCAUGAGGCUGAAGCUCAAAUAUUUUGGCCAUAUAACGAGAAGACAGGAUUCUCUAAAGAAGACUCUGACACUGGGAAAGAUUGAAGGCACACGAAGAAGGAGAUGGAUAGAUGAGGUCACUGAAGCCACGAACAUGAAGUGGUUGGAGCUCAGAGAAGCAGUGACUGACAGAUGUACCUGACGUGCUAUGGUCCAUAUGGUCACGGAGAGUCGGACACGACUGAACGACUAAACAACAACAAUGCAUUUAGAAUGCAAUGUCAUAAAAGUCUCUGUCCAUAUGGUGUGUAUAUGAUAAUGUCUGUAUCAUCAUGACAUGUGAUACACAUUGCACAUAAAUAAAAACCAGAAAAGAAGAGGUUAUGUUAAUACAAAAGAACCCUCCAAACACCAUAACCACCACAGCCUACCCUCAGCAUAGGGAUGUCCAAAUACAAUGCCACACACUGUUUAAAGAGGUAGUUCAAACUAUGGUAUUUGAGUAAAAAAUACUUCCCCUGUUUGCAGCACUGUUAAAAAGGCAUAUCUCUCCUUUGUCUCUUAUCCCCAGUGGUAAACAAUACCACGAACCCACAGGCAAGGGAAGAAAUCAUUCUUAUGUUCCAAAGGGGAUAUUUACUUAGUAAAUUGCUUACAACAACUCCACAGAGAAAAGAGAAUGGGCAUUCUGUGAAUAUGUAAGAGCAGAGAAAAAAAUAUUACACAGUCCAAGAAAACAACUCACACAGUAAAAUGGCACUUAAAUACAAAUGUAUGGGCAAAGCGUGCUUUUUGUGACAUAAUAUCAAAGGAUUCACCACUCUUGCAGCUGUCACCAGUCAAAGUGCUUGGAUUCACAACUUGCCUUUUCUUCCUUUGUCUACUAUCACAAAAUUUGCAGUUUUUUUAAAAAUCAAAUAUCAUAAAAUAACUUCAAUGCAUUUCAUCAUUAUAAAUUACUUCUUUAGAAAAAAAAAAAAAAAGAAAAGACAGGAAAAAGAUGGCAACUUUGCACGUUUCAGCUUAAAGGAAAACUCCAGUGCCAGGAAAACAAUCCGUUUUCCUGGCGCUGCAGGUCCCCUCUCCCUCCCACCUCCCAAUCCCUGGUUGCUGAACUUUGUUUAGUAUACUAUAGUGCCCUCAGGGUGCCCCCACCCUCAGGGUCCCCCUCCCGUGGCAUUGAAGGGGUUAAAACCCCCUCAGUUACUUACCUUAUUCCAGCGCAGGGCUCCCUCGGCGCUGGUGACCUCUCCUCCCCGCUGACAUCAGCCCCCUCUGCAUUUUUCAAUGCUUUCCUAUGGACGCUUUGCGUGAUGGAGGCAUAAUAUGCCUCCAGCGUUGCAGAUGCGCCUCUAGUGGCUGUCCGGAAGACAGCCACUAGAGGCUGGAUUAACCCCAAAUGUAAACAUAGCAGUUUCUCUGAAACUGUAAUGUUUACAUGUGAAGGGUUAAAACCUGAGGGACCUGGCACCCAGACCACUUCAUUGAGCUGAAAUUGUCUGGGUGACUAUAGUGUCCCUUUAAUAGCACAGAUAAUAACCAAAAAGAAAAAGGGUCAUGGCGUUGAUAUACUGCACAAUUUUUGUAUAGAAACAAGUGGAGCAUACAUGUCUAUUUCCGGAAUGGCAAGGAGUAAGGAAACAAACAUGAGUAGAUUGACAUGUCAGAAAUGCAGUAGCAUAUAUGUAGAUAUCAUAGAGCAUGGUACAGGCUUUGUAGAAUAUGCAACAUUACCAAUUCGAUAUAUGAGGAAAAAUAAACAGUAAAACCACUGGACGUAGGUCUAACAUAAGGCUGCUGCCCCAUAGAAAAGAUAUGAGAGAAUAAAGGGCUCAGAGUUCUGUGGUCAUCCAAUGCUUUUGGCAAGCAGGCCAUGCUGAGGCAGGUGAUCAGGGUCUUCGGGCCCAUCGCAGGUUGUAUAUCUUUUCGCUGUUAACCAGCUCAGACCAGUACAUGCUCUCCUCGCAACAGUCAGGCUGAGACCUCGAGAUUCCAGGGAGCACUGGACUGCCUGGGCGAUUGAGCCGCGUGCGGGUAGGUGAGGUCGGUGAGAUCCCCGUCUGGAGGGGUGUCUCUGUGUGGGAGCUCUGCGAGUAGGCUUUACCACAGGUGCAAGGUGCGUGGGACGCUUGCUCUGUGAGCCCACAGAGUCCACGUCUUUCCCCUGUAGAGACGAACAGAGAGUUCUGGUUUUGUGCAGCUUCUGAUGGCGAUUAAGCCUUUGUCUGCGUGGACACUGCUUUGUGGUCUUGUCUUUGCUGGCCCCCGGUUUGUGUGGGCUAGUAGCCUUGGGUACCUGUACUUGUGAACGUUGGUUGCCCGAAGAAGGCCUGUAUACUGCCUGGAUCUCACUCACAUUUCUCUCCUCCUGGUAUUGAUGCGACUUGGCUGCCUGUCAUGCCUUCAGGGAGGCCCAGAAGCGGUCAAAGAGUUCCUCCAGUCGCCCCAUGAGGUGCUCAGUGGUGUCCUGAGGCACUAUCUCGGGGUACUGGCGCCUGGAAAGAGCAGGUUGCACAGGCCGGAGACCAUGAGGGUAAAGCUCUGUCGUCAUCUUGAGAGAGCAGGCUGUGGCUGGAGUAUCCGGGAGGGUGUGUGUGGGGAUUGGAGUGAGCUUGGUCCGCACGCCACACCAGAGACCGGGAAAUCGGACGCCUUUCCCCAGCUCAGUAUCGUACAGACCAUAAUGUGGCGCCACAGUCUCCCGGUAGCUAGGGAGCCUGAGUGAGGUAUCAGCUGGCAUACCACAGCACCCCCAGCCAAGGUAGGAUGUGAUGGGAGUGGUGGUUUAUCAGGAAUUGGGAAUGUACCCCGAAAUUUAGCAGUUUGAGCGGGAGCUCACGAGGCACACGUCUAGUCAGGUCAAGUAUUUGGCUCCGUCCCCCAACGUGCAGUCAUUUAAUAAAUCUUGCUCCCGUAUUGUAAAAUGCAUCUUAAAUUAAAAACAAUCCAACAUGGCUAUACGCUGUAUUGUGGAGUGAGUGGCUCAACCCAACUUCGGCAAAAGAGCCAAUUGGAAUUGCUCCUUGCUUCACCGUGGAUUGCAAAACAAACCAGGGGCUCCACAUAAUUAUCAGCUGCCUGUAUAAUUAAAAAUUAAUCAUUAUGUAUGUAAUUAUUUAUUAUAGAGGGAUAUAAAAAUUAUUGUAUGGGGUUAUAAAUAGAAUGCGAAAAAAAAAUGCAAAACAAACACCACACAUUUUUAAAAAGACUCAAUAUACACCUCCCAAGUGUCCCUAUUUAGGAUGGAUAGUCCCUAUUUUGGGUCCAAAUCCCUAUGUCCCCUUUUGCAACACUAAUGACCCUCUUUUCUAGAACCUCCAUAUUGCUGGUGUAACUUGUAGUGUAUAACAAGCUCCACAGCAAUAAAACAUGCAGUAAUGUUUCUUUAACCUAUAAUAAAUGUGAAUAGAAUUCUGUCUGUAUGAAUAAGAAACAUUGUUCUUCUUCUAAAUGGCAUUUUAGUUCCAUAAAUUGUUAUUUGUAAGUCUCCUAAAUUUUCUCAGAACAGCACUGCAUACCCCCGCUCCCCCAUAAAAUUAAAGUGUCCCUUUUUGUUUUUGAAAUGUUGGGAGGUAUGCGAGAAACUUUGGGGAGUCUAGUUUUGCAAGUACUAUGCAUUUUAUGGAGCGGUUACACCAAGCAUCAAUCUUACAUUUUGAAAAUAAAAUAAAUAAGAGGAUAGGGCUCUAAUUUGGUGCUGCACAUUAACAAGAAAUUUGGUAAUAUUUACAUAAAACCAAAAUCUUUCAAAGAAGCUGACGAAAAACUCAAUUAAUUCACAAUGUGAGAUACUGCAGGUUGUCUACUUUUAGAAAUGGUAGGACUGUACUGGGAUAAUUAAAGUGAAUGAGCUGCUGAAAAAUGUGAUGUAGGCCUAGCAAAUUAAUCUGGCUUGAUAAAAACCUCUUCGUAGUUCGAAACGUUGCUGUUCUACUUUUUGUUUUAAUAAAUCUGCCUGUGGAUUUCACACUGUGAGUGCCUGGGAAUCUUUCUUGCUGCCUUAACAAGUUAAUCUGGCAUUUGGCUCUGUAACUUUACAGAAUGUUCAAUGUUCAUUCACCAAGGUAUAGUGCAGGCUACUACCAACCCUUUGCAUAACUGUUUAUUUAUUAUUGUAGUAUUUAGUAUAGCAUACAUAAAAUCUUAAUACGCCACACAACUGUAUACAAAUGCCAGAUUAAAAAGUGUCAGGGUCACAAUGCCCAAUGUAUUUAUUUAUACAUACAUAGAUAUUCUCAUUCUCUCUCCCCCUCUCUGUCCCUCUCUCUCCCCUGUGUCUGACACCUACGAGAUCUAGAGCGCACAGCGACACCUGGUGGGUGCACAGUAGGGACUUGCAGGCCUGACAGAGAGCGCCGAUUGAUCGAUCAGUGUCAUGGCUGCCUCCUGAAGUGUGCAUGCUGACAGAUUCUGGAGCAUUCUUGGUAACCGGUUUAUCGGAGAAUAACUAUUGCAAUGAGGGUGAUAGGGGUUCACUAUUUAUGUGUGAACGUUUCAGAAUCAAUAGGCAGUAGCAAAUGUCAUAGGAGAGAAGCCUUGGGUGGUGUCAUUCACUAUUUAGCAGACUCAUGGUGUGGUUGUAGGAUCACGUUUCAUUGACAGGCGCUAAUAGAAGGGAUUUAGAGCUAGCAGCGAGUCCAGGAGCUAUUUUCUGUUAGCACCAGCAAGUCGGGGGACAGUCGCCUAUUGCGUUGUACUAAUGAAUUGUGCUGUGGUCACGAGAGAGAACGUGGGGAAAGGUAACCUUAACAAACUAACAGAUGUAGAUAACAGCCAAACUAUUCUAGAUUUCAGAAUCCAGUAAAAUACGUAGGUGUUUCUGAGUUACUUCAUAGUGGCUCAUAGUAUUCUGGGGUAUUACGCUUAAAUAUUGUUUAUCUUAGCAAAAAAAAAAAAAAAGUUAAUGUAUUUUAUAUGCAAAUGUAACAUUUUGUAUUUUUUAAACUACCAAUUUUAAAGUUCACACACACACAAUUAAAAACUAGAAAUGGUUUUACAAUUUUGCAAAGGGGAUGCAGAAUAUGUAGUCUUAUUUUCUUUUAUUAUUUAACUGCACUACUGCAUCUCUCUGUAUCCCUUUAUUGCUAUGCAAAACCCAAUAAAUGUUUGUGUGAAGCAUAUGUUGAAAACAAAUCAAUGCCAACAUUCCUGUUGGAUUAUAAUUUUUUUUUUUUUUAAAUAAUACUAUUUUGACUUUUUUUUUCAAAUGGUAAGAAAGAGCACCCACCUUUAAUUUAUUUUGGAGACCAAUAAGAUGGUAGAUUGCAAAGUUGGUUAGUGCCCCUAAUAUAUACUGUAACAUCUUACAUUAUCAGCACUGCAGAAUCAAUGGGUAUUCAUCCUCCCAAUACAUCCUACGAAAAUUAGAUAAAAUAUCUAUGUAUCCUCCAGAAUAUCUCCUACACUUAAGAAAUAGUCGGUGUUGUGAUGGACUCCAUAAAGCUUUUAGAAGACAAGGACAUUUUUUUUUUCUACACUUGAAAUUUAAUUAAAUACAAAUAGCAAAACUGAGACUAAAAUAGCAGAUUUGGAAAAAUUACCCAGCUUGCCUAUAGCCACAGUUUUGCAAAUUUAACCUCAAUGUUGGAAUUAAAUUUACUAAAACUCCAAGUGUAAUGAAUGACCAUGUAAACUGUAGGUGCAUGUAAGUAUCAUGCAUUCUUUUUGUUCUGUAUAAACCAAAUACAAGCUUUUAAGUUGUGGUCAUGUUUGUGAUAAUUAUGAUUUAAGUUGAAUAAAUCCUCUCUGAUUAACAAUAAUCCUUAAUGUUUUUGUUCAGGAUUUGCUAAUCCACCAACAUGGCUGAGAUUGCUCUGCCAACUGAUAAUUUAUCAGAGGUUAAACUAGGCGACAGUGACUUAAUGCCUAGUAAUAUUGCUAACCUGGACAGCAUAUCUAUUACUAUUGGAGCUACAGUACCUACAGGCUUUGAACUAACAGCAGCUGCUGAAGUACAGGAGAAACUAGGAUGUGUGUGCAAAAUCAGCAAAGAUCGAGGAAAAAUUUACUUUGAAAUCAAGCAGGAUAGCCUGGGACAGGUAAGCUUGAUAUUGUGGAUUAGAGUGAUGUUACUAACAGGGCUUGUACAAUAUCUGUCUGUGAAGAUAUAUAAAACAUUUUGUUUCACAGCAUGCAGAAUAAUGAAGUUUAGAUUUAUUUAUUUAAUUGGUUGUUGGAGGUAGACUUGAAUGAGAUGUACCUGAAACAAGAACGUUUAGAAAUAGGUUGCAGUAGGAAGGAGAUGAAAGGCUAGGCAGAAACAAAAUAAUUGCGGUAGAUAUGUUGGAACAAGAUAGGAAGUAAGGGUAGAUCGUAUGGGAGUGGGGUGGACCGAGUGGGGAAGGUUGAGGAAGGGUGGUUAGACUGACAUAGGAUUAAUUGUUCUUGUACAUCUGAUUUGGAGAAGGUGGCUAUUUAUUGAAAAAAAAAUUUCUUCUCAAUCUUUCUUUUGUUGAGACGUAAGAGAAAGCGAUAAGUAAGAAUAUAUCAGCUUGGCAACUCCUUUUUUUGUUUUUUGUAUGUGGAACACAGGCUUGGUGAACAUAAUUAUAUCAUAUAUUAUAUAUAUGCAAUCUAGACAGACAUGUCUAAGUUAACACAAACAAAUAUGCUACAUGGUAAAAACAAUAAGAUGUAAGAUAACUAAAUUAUGUUAGGGUAGCAAGCUGAGAAAACUACUGAGGCUUGACACCCAUUAUUAACUUUGCAUGGUAAAGAGUGCAGAACAAAAUAAACAAUAAGAAUCAAAGUAAAGUAAAACAUCCUAGGGAGUUAUAUGUGGCAGCUCAAAAAGCGGGGAUAAGUAAGGUGGUGCCUAGUGAACGCAGCAAUGCGUUCGGUAUAAACUAACAGGGCACGGAAUCCGAGAGAAGCGUGUUCAACCAAUUCUGACACUUGGCAGUAUGGUAUUUUAUUGAACAUUUUAUCCAACACUUGCUUUUGUUUUCUUCCUCGUUCUUCAGGUUCACCGUCUGAGGUCCGUGGAUAAUCUGUUUGUUAUUGUCCAGGAGUUCUCAGACUUCCCGUUCAAAGAAACAAAGGUCAGUUAUAUGCAAAAGUGUUUAUGCGAUUUUACAAUUUCUUCGCUUUCAGAUUAUCUUCUUUCAGUAGCUGCUUUAAGUCAUCUCCCACAGGUUUCCAUUUUUAUAACCUUUGUCUGUUUGAAACCUUGAGUUUCUUAUGAUUUGUUAUUGCCGUAAAAUAAUUUUCAGGACAUCUUUGUGGCUUUCAGGCCUUUAACAUUCGGUUAAAAAUAGAUAUUAUAGCAGACCUGUAAUGCCAGACCUUUAAAGGGACUCUCUGGGCACUGUCGUUAUUGUGUACGGUGCUUCCGGCUGCCCUCUUAUUUGAAAGGGUAAAGCCAUUAACAAAAGGUUUAUCACCAAAGUCUGCAAGAUGGCGCACCAUCGCUCUGCCCCUGUACGUCCUCUAAAACCAGGUGCCAAUAAUAGGCUGAGAGCCUCAUCUAAUGCCCUGGGCCUGUCACUAGCUCCCCAUUCAGAAAACUCAGUAGAAAAGGUACAAAUCUUUUUUUACUCAAUUUUUUUUUUUUUUUUUUUUAAUGAUGGCCGGAUUGGUCCACUAAGUUUUUGUUAUGAGAAAAAUCUACCUCCACGAUACAUGUUUAUUCUGUUUAAAGUAAUACCAUAGCUACUAUUAGCCUUUUUUCAGCAACAUCUCCUAGGUCAGACCUUGGGCACUCUCCAGAGCUGGAGAGGUACCUUUUACGACAAGGAGGAAUGCCCUACUCUUGCAUCCACAUUAGAGUGGGCUGGCUUAAAUCUGCUGUUUUAAGCCCCUGUAAGCAGUGUGCUUUUAACAUGUAUUGGUCACUACUUGAUAAUAACAUUAAGAACAACUUAAUAAGUGUAAAACUCAUUUGAGGGUUAUGAAAUGCUUUAAACUGUUCUAUAAUGGAAACAUCAUUAAAUUAUGUAAUCCUGUCUGUGUAGGAAUCUGCUCUAGAGGAUCUCAUGGAAUUGGCAGCAAAGCUUCCCUGGGAUGCAGCUCUAAAUGCCUGGGAGCUUAACAACAGUUUGAAAAAGAAAAAGAGGCGCAAGAAACCUGGAAACGGCAACCACAAAGAGCAGAGGGGCCAAGUAGUAUCUUCUGAAGUUGAGGUUCAAAAAGAGGAGGGUAGCAUACACCCUGAGAAAGAGCACGUUACUUUGGUAAAUCUAGAAAAGGAUGAGGACCGGAACCUGCAAACUACAACCGACAGCCUGGAAAUCCCAGAAAAAGAGGAUACAGAAGCUGGCAAGAAUCAGGAUAAGCCAGUUUUACUUCCAGAUCCCACAGAGGUCACCGGAGAAGAGACUGCUAAUGAUCAGGCGCAGACUAUCCACCUGCAUGGAUCUUCACAAGAAAGCAAGGAUACUAACACUUUGCUUGAUUCUGGUGUGAAAGUGGAGGCUCAGGAAGGUGGCGAGACUACAGACAGCACCAGUGUCUUGAAAUUCCGUGUCACCUGCAACCGUGCAGGAGACAAACACAGCUUCACAUCGAACGAGGCAGCAAGAGAUUUUGGAGGAGCUGUACAGGAUCACUUUCAGUGGAAGGCAGACAUGACCAACUUUGAUAUAGAGGUAACUCUAAAAUAUUAUAUAGCAGCUGUAGGUUAUAGGAAAAUCAUGCAAUUAAAAUGUUUAGGCAGACAGUUUUGUGAAAUGGAGCCAAAAACUCCAAUAACAAGAAAGGCUAUCGCAACAUUAAGAGGGGUCUUAGAAAAGUGACAGUAAAAUAUAUAAAGAGACAUGACUGCCUCCAGGAUUUUGACAUAUGUAGCAGUUCCUCGCUCACUGCAUGUCCUGCUGGGCUCUCUAUUCCACAUGGUGUGGUCUCCAGAGCUGAAGCAGUAACAAAGUGAAUAAUUUAAAUGCCUAUUCUACAGAGAUUUCAAACAAUGCGUUGCAACAAGCAUUUUUCAUGAAGUUGCAGAAUCUUUAUACAAUUCAUUAUUUUUUCUCUCUUUGUGACCCCUCCCACCCCAAGCUGCUGUUUUACUUUUAAUGGAUAAAUAAGGAUUCUGAAAUUUUCCAUUGUGAUUACUGCAACACCGUGUUUGAAAUCUCCAUAGAGUUGGCAUUUAAUUCAUUUGUUUUAGGUAAGUGCUUUAGCAGACAGAACUGUAGGUUGAAUAAUUUAAGAAUGCCCCUUGAUGGCAUUAUUUUCUUAUAACACACAGUUCACAAUGUUUUUUUAAUAUUACAUGAUUAUUUAUUUAUGUUAAGAAUUUUGUAAUGUCAGAUAACCUAUUUUAGUAAAGACUAAAAAUGUUAUAGAGGGCACACCCAGAACAUGCAUUUCUCCGUAAUCGUGCUGCGGUAAAGACCAAAACUGAUACAAUAUACAGAUUAAGAAACAGUGCAGACAUAAAAAUACUUUUAUAAGGCUACUUAAAAUCACAGAUCUUCGCAAACAAAUAUGGGGAUUCAGUUCCACCACGUGGUCAUAUUGUGUUAAGCCCACCACUACUUCGCAGUACCCCAAUAUUGGUGGGUCCUAAACUAAUUCCAAUGUGGGAGACAAAUUAAAUAUUACUAGUGCUAAACAAACUCAAAUGUAUUUUAAUAAUCUGUUAUUUUUUUAAUAGUUUUUUUUUUUAAUCACAUUAAUUUUGUAUUGAAUAUAUUUAUAUAUAUUCGCAAUGCUCUUACAACAGGUUAUUAACAUUAGCACUAUUUAGAUAAUCUAUUCUGUCUUUAAAGUUGCUGCGGAAUGCAACACAAACCCUAACCCAUACUAUUGCAUCCUUCCUUCUUACGUGUCCCAGGAUGCUGAGAAUGAUAGCAGCCUGAGGUUGCCAUGCUUAAUUAUUUUCACAUCCCAUGAUAUGCCAGGCAAGGUAACUGGGAGGAGAGAGGGGUACACUCGGUCUUUCUCCAGGCUCCUAUCUAGCAUAUGGCAUUGACACUGUUGAUGUUUGACCACAUUUCCCAUAAUGUUUAUCCAACAUAAAUAGUCCAUUUCAAAUUCCAGAAUAACCUGAAUGCUUGGUAGGACCUUCCCCUAUGAGAACUUGCAUGUACUCUUCAUUUUGCAAUGUGAUAUGUUCUAGGUGCUCUUGAAUAUCAGUUAUAAUGAAGUAGUGGUGGGAAUCGCACUGACUGAAGAAAGUUUGCAUCGCAGGAAUAUCACACACUUUGGGCCCACAACUCUUCGCUCUACCCUGGCGUAUGGGAUGCUCAGGUAAUGUUAGAUUCGGCUCAGGCCUGGGUGCCAUUUGUGGUGGGAAUAGAAGGCCAUUCCUGAUAAAUUCACUGGUAGAUUUAAAAUACAUUUAAAGCAGAAGUUACAGGAUUUUGUUUUAUUUAGAGUUUGACCUAUAAUCCAAUGUUGCAUUCUUUUAUAUAAAUCUUUAUGCUCUCUAUUAAAUAAUGUAUUUCUGAUGUGUGAUAAUUGCCAUAUGUGUUGUUGGAAACAGAUAUAGGUAUGGUUUAGAUAUGUGUUAUCUAUUUUAUUUCCCUCUGUUCUCUAGGCUGUGCAACUUACAACCAUCAGAUGUCAUUAUAGAUCCCAUGUGUGGGACAGGCUCCAUCCCUCUAGAGGUAUUCUACCAUUUUAAAAUAAUAUAUUAUACAAUGUUCAAACCUGAAUAAAACUCAUGAAGAUGUCAGUGUUGUAGGAAUGUGCUGUGUGUUCAGGUGUCAGAAUCAUAGCAUAAGUUGCCCUGGUACCCUUAUAUGCAAGUAUAGUCAUGAAGUCAUCUUCCAGCUUGACUUCAAGGCAGGAUGGGGCUCAAAGGUCAAGGCCUCUGAUGAGAUGCGUCACUGGAUACCUAUCUGUCAAUCUUUGGUAGUUUUUAUUAGCUCAGGUAAGAGUGGGUAAGAAAUAAUAGUGCUCUGGUAACAUGUUAGAUUUCCAUUCAUAGCCCUAGAAUAUCUUAGCUAGGCUUCUUUUUUGACAGUGUAGUUAAUUUCUAAAGAGCAACUCUGGGACAAAGGUCUUAACGUGGAGCAGUCAUCAUGCAAACCAACAGAAUGUUUGUGAUGAUUGCUGCACCUUCAUACACUUUCAGUUUUUGCCUAUUCUUCAUAGAGGGAAUAUAUAAACAGGCCCUUAAAGGAUUACUAGAGAGACCGGAACCACUUUAUUUCAAUUUAGUGAUCUGCAUGCAGUGUCCUGUAGUUUUAAUUCUACAAUGUACAGCAUUGCCAUUCUGUAGAUACAGCAAUGCUUAAAGUGCAGCGUUAAAUAUCUGACAGCCACUAGAGGAGCUUCCACUGUGAGGACCGACUCAAACUCUGUUCUCACAGCCAACCUCCAAUAGGAGCGCAACGUUGGCCACACAUGCACCUUUUGUCCCCACUGCUCCUCUGAGGAGCAUUGAAUUGGACAUUUAAAAAUGUCGGCGUGACAUUACAGGAGGCAAUUCGAGUGGCUGCAGGGACUUCUUCUUGUUGCUGGAAAAAUAGUAAGCAACCUUUAUCCAAUUUCUAUUUAGAGGAGGGGGCUGAAUCUAAAUAAAGAGAAUUCUAUAGCGUUAGUAAUACAGGUCUGCAUUCCUAACGUUAUAGUGCUCCUUUAAUAAUAAGUGUAUAAGAGGGAAUAAUGGCCCUUAAUCCUUUGAGUGUGAGAGAACACGCAUCCCCUGAAGAUGUAACCUCACCGGCUACAGUCAGCUUUUGACAGUGUUUAAUAUUUCCUGUUGCAGGGUGUGAGCGAGUGGCCGAACUGCUUCUUUAUGGCUGGGGACAAUAAUCCACAGGCUGUGAACAGAGCUGCCAGCAACAUCAACUCCUUACUAAGAAAGCAGAAAAACACAGAAAGGUGAUUUUGUUUUAUGUGGCAGGUUUUUAUAUAAACAUUAGUUUAGCUGACAGUGUCUUUCCUUAAAAUAUAUAUAUAUAUAUAUAUAUAUAUAUAUAUUUGUGCUCGGAAUUUAAAUACGUAAUGGAUAGUAUCUGUGAGCAAAGUUGGUUGUGGUGUGCCGAAACCAACGUACGAGUGGGCCUGUAAAUAAAAGAGGGCCCACCAAGGAUAAUGUAGUUAAAACAGGGUGUAGGUGGGUGGGGACAAUCAGCUGAGCGGCAGCGGUGAGUAGGGGCUGGGAGUUUAAGUAGGGGACUUACUCCUCCCACAAAUUCAGGCCUAAUGGCCUUUCUACUUGUGCUCGGAAUUUAAAUACGUAAUGGAUAGUAUCUGUGAGCAAAGUUGGUUGUGGUGUGCCGAAACCAACGUACGAGUGGGCCUGUAAAUAAAAGAGGGCAAAAAGAUAAAUUCGAGAAAAUACACACUUUAUUGCAUUUUACAAGACCAAGUUCCUGAAAGCUUGGCGAAGCUCUUUCUCUGGUUGCGGAAUAUAUGCGUUAUAUAUGGAGGAUUUCCAUCGCCCGAGCCUUUUGAUGAUGUGGACCGGUGCGUUUGUGCUAGAGGCUGCUGAGGCGGCUCCUAUGCGGAAGGAGUGCCCGGAGAAUGCAGCCGGGUUGUGUCCGAGCUUAGAUAACAGGGUUCUGACAUGUAACAUCAAUUUUGCCGUGGUAAGCGGGUGCCCUUGUAAUGUUAAGAGCGGAGAGUCUGGCAGGUGAGUGUGAAGAGUUGACCGUAGUUGGUCGAGAACUUUCACCGGACACCAGGCAUUAUCAGUAGGGAAGAGAGGAAUUAUUGUAGGAUGUAUUGACCGGUUGGUUUUCGUGGUAGGGAUAGAAAGGAGGUAGUGAUCCUCUACCUUGGUGAGGUGUGAAGUUUUAAGGCAUCGUGUGAUAUCUCCUUGAUAAAUCACGGUGAACUCUCUAGGUCUGAGAAAACCGUAGAAAGCGAGAUAUAUGGCAGAUUUUAUCACCGUAUUGGUGUAGCUAUCAAAUGGGGCUGUGUCAAGGAGAUUGCUAAGUGACCUGAAGAUAGGCCCGUCUAUGGGUAAUCUAGUGCUUGCGAGUGGUGGUGAAACCUUUGAUAUACCUUUCAAGACCUUUUUAAUGGGGUAUGAAGACAAAAAAGGAGUGCUGUUAGGAAAAUUGGUGAGGCUGUGGUGCUGAACCCCGGUGAGGUAAAGUUUAAUGGUGUUGUGUGACAGAUUAAGGUGUAGGUGGCAAAAAGAGGCAAAAGACACCAUGGUUUGGAUAGAAAAGUCACCUUGUAGCCCGAAUUCUGCAGUGAAUUUGUUAAAUAUGUUAAGUGCCCUAUUGUAAGUGAUAGCAGUGUUGGGUGAUAAUGCUUGGUGAGUGAGUGAUCUAGCGUGAAGCAAGAGUGUGCUUAAUCCAAUAUUAGUUCGUGAAACCGUGGUGUCCUGGAUGGCUGUUGGUGAGCUGCUGGGAGUGCCUGAGAAAAUGCCUGGAAUCGAGAACGAGAAAGAGCGUCAGCGGCGGUGUUGUGAAUACCCGGGAUGUGAGAACAUACUAAGUGAAACUGAUUGGAUGCUGCCAGCCAGGUCAACUUGCGAAUCAGCCGCAUGAUGGUCAGGGAUGAUGAGCGCCCUUUGUUAAUGAUAUCGCAAGCUGCCGAGUUAUCUGAGUAGCAUUUUACUGCCUUGCCGGACCAGAGAUGACCCCAGGUGUGUGCGGCCGCCACAAUGGGGUAAAUUUCAAAUAGGGCUGAGGUCUCCCUGAAUCCUGGCAAGGCAUCCGUCUCAGUGGGCCAGUGGCCCCUAAACCAGUGGUUCCCGAAAAUGGCUGCGAAACCGGUGUUGGCUGCUGCGUCUGUGUGGAUGAUGGGUGAAGAGGUGGAGAGAGGGGGGAUAAACAUGGAGAUACCAUUCCAGUCUUUCAAAAACUUCCCCCACAUAGCUAAGUCAGCCUUGGCGUGGGGGUCCAAAGAAACUGUGCCGGAGUCCGGGACUCCGUGGAGCAGGCAAAGAAGUCUGGAAAUGAAAGACCUUCCCUGCGGAAUGAUGCGCAUGGCGAAGUUCAGAGAUCCAAGAAGGGACUGAAGUUCUCUCCUGGUGCAAACGUCAUUCCGCAGGAACGUGUCUAUCUCCCCUCUCAAUCGUGAAAGUUUGUCGUGUGGAAGGCUGGCUCUGAGUUUGACAGAAUCGAGCUCUAUGCCUAAAAAGGUCAACUUUGUUGUGGGUCCUAUAGUUUUGGCUGGGGACAAAGGGACUCCCAGUGUGGAAAAAAGUGCGGUAGUACUAUUGAUUGCUGUGGGUGUUGAUGACCCUGGCUCUAUCAGUAGAAAGUCAUCUAGAUAGUGAAUAACGGAGUGACACCUGAUGACGUUCAGAAGCAGCCAGCAUAGUGACUCUGCGAAAAUGUCGAAAAGUUUGGGGCUGCUUCGAGAACCAAAAGUGAGUCGUGUUGAGAAGUAAUAAUACCCUCGCCAUUUAACACCGUGUAAGUGCCAGAGUGAGGGGUGUAUGGGCAGUAAUUUAAAGGCGUUAGUGAUGUCUGUUUUGCUGAGCCAGGGUCGAUUACCAGAUGUCAUGAUGGACUGUAUGGCGUCGUCGAUGGUGACGUACUGCAGAGAGAAUUCGUCUGCUGGAAUGAGUGCGUUUAUGCUUGGAACAAAAGAGGAGUGCGGUGCCGAUAAAUCGAUAAUGAGACGUUUUUUAUUAGAAUAUUUGUGAAUAGCAAUACCAAUAGGGUUAGUGCGCCAGGAGGAAAACGGUGAAGAGGUGAAAGGACCGAUCAUGAAACCGUUUGUGGUUUCUGCGGAAAUGAGAGUUUCUACAGCGACUGGGUCUAAACGUGCAGACUGGAGGUUAGGACAUUCUAGUGUACCUGGGGGAAUGGCUACUAUGCCUGUGUGAAACCCUUGUGAGAAACCUGUGGUGAGAAAAUCCACUAAGUGCCUGCUGGGGUGAGACCUUAGAUAAAAAACCAGGUUGUCGAUAUUUAUGUCGGUUAGUCAUUUGUUUGGUGACAACCUGGCUGGACACAUGGUCUUGGUAUGUGCCCUGAAACAUAUGGAGCAGAUGUGCAAUAAUCUACAGGCGCUGAAACUGCAGGAGCCUGCGUUGAAAUUAUUGCACACCUGUGCUUUACCUAAAAAGGAGAUGGGCCUACCCAGCUUAUCCCGGAGACCACCCGCUGGCUUGUUGUGAGGGGUGAAAGAGGAGUGAGGUGUGAACGUGGGGUGAGGGGUGGGAGUGGAGGUGGUGGGAUCUGGUUCGACGGGACAUAAGUCCGCCAUGUGGGAUGUAGAAUUACAGAUGGCACAAGCCGGGGGCCUGAGUCCAGCGAAGUGGCGACAGAAAAGUUCCGUGUCCAUCUGACCCCAGUUCAUUCUAAUGUUGAACUGCUUGAGAUGGGUCGCCGCCUUCGCUGAAACUGACUUGUGGUAGUCAUAGAAGGAAGAGCCCCCGUACUUGAUGCCUAGAUCCACUACCUUGUGGAGAUAGAGAUCUAGCUCUUCUCUCCUAUGGGGAUACACCGUGCAAAUGACGUCGCGGUAUAUCCAAAAGCUAUCACAAACUGUGGGAUAGACAAUUUUUUAUUAAGCCUGGGAUCCCUCGUUUUGAGCACAACUGAAAUGUCACCAUAAUUGUAUGCCUUGUUCUCGAGUACAUCCUGAGAGGCUAUGAGUAAAGACACCAGACACACAUCCUUCCCGUCUAGGAUAUCUUUCCUGAUAGAAUCUGGGACGGAGUGUGCUGGUGACUCGAAAGGUGUGAUGGCUGUGCCAGGUGCUGGAGGGGGGAGUAUAGAGGGACAUGUAGGUAUGGCAGGUACAGCCGUGGUAGAGACUGGGACUACGGUGUUAGUACCUGAGGAGGAGAUGGCGCUCUCCACCUUAGACAGCCUGCUAUUGAGGGUCUGUAGAUUGGCCAAGAUAUCUGCCAGGGUAUCCUGGGUGGCCAUGCUGUUUCUUGGUGGUUGUCCUUGAGAGCUAGUUCCCGGCCGAGGCUCGGGGACUUGGUGGGUAAGCAGCCUGUAAAGUUCUGCCUUUCUAGCUGUGGCUGGAAAGGGGAUACCCCUGAGCCUAAGCUCGGCCGUGAUUUUGGGAAUAGUCCAUGCUCUCAAGGACGUGGGGGUUGAAAGAGUAAGUGAUUCGCCUGGAGACACGGGUCUGAUUGGCGUGAAUGGUGUUUCUUCUAUCAGUUCUUCGGUUGGAAUUGGUUCUUGUGACAUUCUAAAAAGGAAUGAUUAUGUGAAAGAUAUAUUAGAAGGGGAGUGAGGUAAGAAGGGGGGGGGUAUGGGGAGUGGUGUGUCUGGAAGAACUGGACUUUAAUGCUAGAUGCCGAGGCGAAAAACUUAACUAUUGAAUGACUGGAUAGGUGAGGCCCUGCUAAUGCCAAGUGGCGGUGAGAGGCUCUACCUAUGAUUUGGCUUAUGACGUAGGUGCCACAGACGUGGUGGCGGGAUGUUGGCCUCUCGGUGACGAUAAGAGAAAUCAAAACGUGUGGCCGUGACAGGUGAGGCCCUAACUAGAGCCCUGUAGUAAGGCAUGCGAGGCUUAUAACUAUGAUUUGGGCGUGGGGCCGUACCUCCGUGUUGAGGUGGGGUGGGGGUGGUAGGCCUCGCGGGAUCAGAUUUCCUGAUAGGGUGGGCUAAGGCAUUAGCCUGUGCCGUAUAGCCAGUUCGAUUGUAUGCUUAAGGGUAAAGUUAGAGGACUGGAGUGGUGUGUGGAUACUAACCUUGACUGGUCGCAAAUGGCAUCUGGAGCCUCCUGAUAAGUGUAGAGAGUCUUGUCUUAAUGUUGUCUUUGAGGAAGAAUCCUGGGGGUUUAAAACAGAUGUUGAUGUGUUUAUACGUAUCGUGAUGUUGUAUGAAUAGUAUUGGGAGAAGGUUUGUUAGGGGCACCACGUGAGAUCCUGCAUUGAGGGAUCUGGGAGGUUAAGGUGUAGGAAUGGGAUGAUUUUGGAUAUGAGUGAGAAGGCAGAAUGAGGCCUUGGGGUAGCGAAUGGACGUACUUGAGUAAGGACGUAAGUACCUGAAGGUAUGGCUGAGUACCGGGUCAGGUUUUUGGUGUCUUCUGAGCCUGAUGGCCGUAUGACCGAAAGUCUGUGUAGACAAGUAGUAAAGAGAUAACGUAUCCUGGGCGUAAGCCUGAGGAAAGGUAGUAAUGGAGUUGAGACCGCGUGAGGUCUAGUAUUGAAAAGAGAGUGAACUAUACCUUGGUUUUAAGUACAGAGAUUGUUUAAUCGUGGCAGGUUAACUGCGUAGAAACGGUGGAAGCUUAGAUAAAUACAGGAUCUAAGGGUUUAACCAAGACAAAUUCCAUAUUUAGCAAUAGAUGUGAAGAUAAUUGAUAAAACCUGAUAACUCAAGGUGAUAAUAAACCAUACCUGUUCCUGUAAUAAAAGGACCUUGAAAUAACAACUUUAUGCAGAAAAGCAAGAGACCGAUGCAAUCUGUAAAAGCCAAAAUGUGACAGCGUGAUUUAUGUGCAAGGAAUAGUACGGAUUAUGUGUAAUGGGUAUAACUUGUAAAUAGUGUUUAAAUGACUUAUCUGAGUGUUAUUUGGAAAGAAUGGUAUAGCUUGUAUUUAGACACGUAUGAAGUUAUGAACCAUGGUAAAACAUUGUUUAUUACAGAAAAAUACUUUAAAUGGUUUAACAAGGUAGGAAAACACAGGGCUGGUAGUUAACCAGAUAAUGUAACCAAAAACUGAUAUGAAGGAAUAAAUAAUAGUAGGAUAGUGUGAUUAGAACUUAUGCAUGCUUAGCUUAAAAGAAUAGAAAUAACUGAAUGUAAAUUAGUAAGAUGGUGUUCGUGAAUUUUACCAUACGAAUAGUUUGGUGCUGAAAUGACCGAACAGAAAAAGUGAAUACAGAUAGUAAUGAGCUUAAACAUGAAAUAUAUAUUCGGUUGUUUCCGUACGAAAAUGCUUUAAAUGAUAGCGAAAUGAGCCGAACGUUCGUGCGUUUUUUGGCGCGAAUGGAGAUAUUAACGAAAAGCGUGUAUUCGUGAAAAUGCGAAAGAGGGAGCCUACCCCUACGUUUUUAGGCCCGAACGGCGGGGAAAUAGCGAACGCUAAUUCCCACGCCUUGCUUACGUGAACGCGCCGGUCUCGUGACCGGAAGUCGGGUACCUCGACCGGAGAGAAACGGAGUGGAAGGACCUCGGACGGACGGAGGAUUGCACAGGGCGUCUGGCUGCUGGAAACAGGUACAGUUCUGGCGGGAAGCUGGACCAGAAGUGCUGGUUGCUAAGGACAAUCAGCUGAGCGGCAGCGGUGAGUAGGGGCUGGGAGUUUAAGUAGGGGACUUACUCCUCCCACAAAUUCAGGCCAAAUAGCCUUUCUACAUAUAUAUACACACAUAUAUAUAUAUAUAUAUAUAUAUAUAUAUAUAUAUAUAUAUAUAUAUAUAUAUAUAUAUAUAUAUAUAUAUAUAUAUAUAUAUAUAUAGGAAAGACACUGUCAGCUAAACUAAUGUGCCAGCAUGAAACAUUAGUUGGACUCAAUUUGCUUAAAGACACAUAUGGGCGGAGGGGGAAUCUCAGUACAAAAUAACUUUUACCUAAGAACUCACGAAGCCAGCAACAAAAAGAAAAUCAACAGUUAUAAACACAUAAAAUCAAAUAUUUUAACAGGCUCAGGUAAGGGGCAUUUCUGCUCCAGUUGUAGAUCUACACUGGCCCAGUAGGUUGGUUAGAGGCUCGUGCAAGCUCCUCUCUCAGACGCAGUGACCCAAGAAAGGUCGGCGCCUCAGAUAGGUGUGACAGCAUGCAUGUUUUGCUGCCCUUUUCUGCUAAAAGGCAAUGUGGGCUCCACUUAAAAGGGAUGGAAUUGUCCCUGAGAAUGUGGGUAACUCUCCUUAAUGAUAACUCCAUAUAAUAUGUCAGGAGAAGUCCCUGUAAAAAAAUUAGCUUUGACGGUUUAUAAAUGGAGAGUUUCUGGUGGUCCCAAUAAGGGCACCCCUGUCUGAGUCUCAAACAUAGCUUUGGGGCAUCUUAUGGUGCUUUGUUGGUCUUAGGAAGCCAAAAGCAGGCAUCUAUUGCAGUUUGCUUGUCUUGUCUCGAUGUCAGCAUAGUAGAGCGGAGCCGGCUGAUAUAAUGGGUUCCGCCAGGUAUUUCUUGGUCUUUUUCUCAAUCGGUUACCUCACCAAUGUUGCUGUAAAUACAAUUGUCAAUGUGCGGCUGCCUCACUUAGGUGCUGGUUAGGCCCAGUUUUUUGCUUUUUGAACCUAAUGGGUGUUGUAGUCCACAUGGCUUGUUUUUUUUUUUUCUCAAGGCAUACUACACAUUUACUUAGUGUGCUGUUUUGUUUAAGGGGCUCAGCGGAAAACAAAUUGGUUUGGCUUGGUAAGAAAGCAACUUGAUGUUCUCCAAAUUCCUCCCACGUAUAUCCAUAUGCCACUUAGUUUGUGCAUUCUCCUUUUACUUCCUGAAAAUUCUAUUCAAUUUUUUAUUUCCAUGUCAUAAGCUGCAUUUGGCGGUAUAUGGAUUCCAUUUCAUAAGCUGCAUAUAUUUAUAUAUUCAUUUUUUUGAAUUUUUUUUUAACAAGGGAGUAACAAAAUGUAAAAAUGAUCUUUGUAAUCAAAAACAAGAACUGACGAGCCAUGGUUGCCAGGCCUGUGUUAUUAUUUUUAUUAUUAUUAUUGAGAUAAUAUAUGAAAUUAUACAAUUAUGUUUACGCUCUGGGUUAAUAAGUGCAUUACUGUAGUGCCCCUGGUGCAACCAUACACACUACUUACCCUGGUAAGAAUCUAAAAAAGAAAUGUUGCAGGAUUUACUUAAUUAAAAUUAUUUAAAUUUUGUCAUUGUGCAUAUAACAUGUAAAGUACCUUGGAUAAAUUAUGUAGUUAAAAGAAAUGUUAAAGGUGUCUAGGCACCACAUCCACUAAAUUCCGAUGCAGCGGUCAUUAUGCUAUUAGUCUGAGGGCACUGUCCCUCGGUUUUCAGUCAAACCAUUUUAUCGUAGUUUGACCGAAUCUGGAGUUCCUUGAUGUUAUUGGAGCAUGCUCACCAGAAUAUUUUUCUGCAUUAGCAAUAUCAAUUUCAUCAGUAUUUGGAAGACACUGAUUGGCUAGUGCUUAGAUUAUCCCAAUAAGCCUCUGUGUGUGUUUAUGUAAUGCGUGUAUGAAGUGUCUGGAUGUUGUAAUUAUAUAGUUUUGUAUGUGUCUGUGCGUUUGACUGGCUUUUAAUGCAUAAUGCCUGUAAAAGUGUGUUUGUGCAUAUGUAUAAUAAUAGUUGUGCAGACUCGCCUUCCAGCUAGGCCAGUCCGAUCCUCCUACAUGGAAAUCAUAUUUUUAUCCUCUGAAAGUAAGUAGUCAAACAGUGAUCAUAGUCCUGUUUUCGGACAUUAGCACUAUUCACAUUUAUUUUCAAAGAAUAAUUUUCUCUUUUUUUUUUUCUUUGGUAGUGCCUCGCAAGGACUACCGAUUGAUGCUAUUCAAUGGGACAUCUCAAGACUCCCUCUGAGGAGCUCCUCUGUGGAUGUGAUUGUUACAGACAUGCCAUUCGGUAAAAGGUAAGACAAUCCGUUACAGGCCUCUCAAACUAGGAUAUUCACUGUUUCAAUUAACAAAUUAACAAACAACUGGCAUUGUAGGCCAAAAACACAACAUUUUCUAUCCCAGGCAAUUCUAAACAUGAAAGUUGAGCUUGUAAAAAAGAACAUUUUACAUUGGACAAAUAGUCCCAGAAGAUUGGAAGUUGGCGAAUGAUGUGCCCAUUCACAAGAAAGGUAGUAGGGAGGAUUCGGGCAGUAAGUAUUAUAGGCCAGUAAGCCUUACUUCAGUAGUGGGGAAAGUAAUGGAAACCAUGUUAAAGGAUCGGAUUGUUGAACAUCUAAAAACACAUGGAUUUCAAGAUUAGAGACAACAUGGGUUUACAUCAGGGAGAUCACGCCAAACUGAUCUUAUUGAUUUUUUCUUUUUUGGGGGGGUGGGGGGGGUAACUAAAAUAAUAUAUCCGAGUGGUGCAAUAGACAUUGCUUACCUAGAUUUCAGUAAGGCUUUUGACACUGUUGCACAUAGAAGGCUCAUCAAUAAACUGCAAUAUUUAAGUUUGGAUUCCAAUAUUGUUGAAUGGGUAAGGCAGUGGCUGAGUGACAGGCAACAGCGGGUUGUAGUCAAUGGAGUAUAUUUGAAGCUUGGGCUUGUCACCAGUGGGGUACCUCAGGGAUCUGUAAUUGGACCCAUUCUCUUAUAAGUUUUUAUUAGUGGUAUUGCAGAAGGUCUUCAUGGUAAGGUAUGUCUUUUUGCUGAUGAUACUAAGAUAUGUAACAGGGUUGAUGUUCCAGGAGGGAUAAGCCAAAUGGCAAAUGAUUUAGGUAAAACUAGAAAAAUGGUCAGAAUUGUGGCAACUGACAUGUAAUGUGGAUAAGUGCAAGAUAAUGCAUCUUGGACGUAAAAACACAAGGGCAGAGUACAGAAUAUUUGAUAGAGUCCUAACCUCAACAUCUGAGGAAAGGGAUUUAGGGGUGAUUAUAGCUGAUGACUUAAAGGUAGGCAGACAAUGUAAUAGAGCAGCAGGAAAUGCUAGCAGAAUGAUUGGUUUUAUAGGGAGAGUUAUUAGCAGUAGAAAGAGGGAAGUGCUCAUGCCAUUGUACAGAACACUGGUGAGACCUUACUUAGAGUAUUGUAAUCAGUACUGGAGACCGUAUCUCCAGAAGGAUAUUGAUACUUUAGAGAGAGUUCAGAGAAGGGCUACUAAACUGGUUCAUGGAUUGCGGGAUGAAACUUGCAAGUAAAGGUUAAAGGAACUUAACAUGUAUAGCUUGGAGGAAAGACGAGACAGGGGGGAUACGAUAGAAACCUUUAAAUACAUAAAGGGAAUCAACAAAGUAAAGGAGAAGACUAUAUUUAAAAGAAGAAAAACUACCACAACAAGAGGACAUAGUCUUAAAUUAGAGGGACAAAGGUUUAAAAAUAAUAUCCGGAAGUAUUACUUUACUGAGAGGAUAGUGUUUGCAUGGAAUAGCCUUCCAGCUGAAGUGGUAGAGGUUAAUACAGUAAAGGAGUUUAAGCAUGUGUGGGAUAUGUAUCAAGCUAUCCUAACUAAGAUAAGGCCAGGGACUAAUAAAAUUAUUUAAAAUAUUGGGCAGACUAGAUGGGCCGAAUGGUUCUUAUCUGCCGUCACAUUCUAUGUUUCUAAGUAGUAAAUGAGUUUCGUGAUUUUAUAGAUCGAUAUACAUAACAUUGUGAUAUUAAAUACUAAAGGUAAAUAGGAUUGUAAAGAAGAGGAGUAAAAGAGAAAUCAGAGGGGGUUAGAAAAGAAAAAUACACAUAAGAAUUGAAUGGACUUGAACCCUCAUAACCUAAGAUAUAUUUUAAGUAUUGAGAGGGUUACACAAUUAUGCAUCAAAGUUUAUUGAAAACGCGUAUGAGUAUCCUGGAUGAGGCUGCAAGGUAGUGCAUUGUAAUUGUUUAUAAGGACACUCCAGUCCCCUAAAGCACUUUGAAUUGCUUGUCCACACAGGCUUAUGCUAUUAAAGCUCAGAUUUUAAGAGAAAUCUGCACUUUUACCAAUGACCUUAGUAAAGCCUCUUAGCUGUUAACCUGCUUUGAAACCAUUGUUCAAAGUGUAAUUGAGUGCUUCGGAUAGGCAGAGUGCACCUUAGGUCCUCAGUGGGAAAAUAAAUCUAAGGGGGGGUGGGGCAGGGCCGCCGAGCUGAGCGGCUGCAACCCACGCCGGCUCCGGCAGAGCAAAGCAUAAAACAGCCUGAAACUCUUAAAAAACGCACGAUACCUGCCGAAAACCGAAACCAUAGAGGAAAUCAGGCGCAGAGGAACCGGGGAGUGCAACACUAGAGCACAUAUUGACCACCCGGCUCACAAAACGACACCUGAGGCCUCAACCACGCUACAGGAGACGGACCCACGGCGCGCAAGUAAGGCGCGGGAGACCUGGCCCGACCCUGCUCCCCCCCCCCACCUGGCCGGGGGGGUGAUCCCGGCCCAAAGUCUGAACUUCGGAGGCUGGAGGAGGAGGCACGCCCGGUGCACGACACUCCCGUAUGCGGAGCUACAAUGGCCGACGGAUACACAGUACUCACACAGCAUCACGGGGCGACACACACGCAGCAGAGACCCCACGCUGAGAUACCGGGACCCCCGGGACGGCGAACCCACGACUGGACCCCCAUGGGCGGCGGACGAGUCGAUGGAGAGCCGGCCCUGAACCCCGGAUUGGGUGGUGGUCCGGGAGAAAAUAGCCCCCAACUCUGUGAGCCCGAUGGAGCUGAGAAGCGUGGGCCCGCCGGCGGACCGGUGGCCGGAGGGCACACGCCGGCAACACGUAAGUGGCCGGGGGAGGAUGAGGCAAGACAGGGCUGGGGCCCCAGGGAGGCCCUGCUGAAGCUGGGGAGGUGCAGGAGGCGGGAGCCCGGCAGACUCUAAGGUGGGGAGGCCGCCGGACAGCCCCGGUCUCCAAGUGCCCACAGCGGGGGGGGGGGUGCCCCCUAAAGACAUGGAAUCACACCUUGGGCUGGAAAAGGAAGGGGACUGUCACACCCGGAGGAACCGGAGAGUCUCAAGGGGGGUACAGCUGACCCACCAGGUGAAGUACCAUUCAGAGGUAGCCAUGGGGAGGACAUGUCAGAGGGAACAAAAGCUACGAAGAAGGCUAUCAAUUUCGCAUCCGAAGGCUUCCUCGUGUCGGGCGCCAUUACGCCCCCUCCAGCGAAGUGACUUAUAUGCUAAAAGUUUAAAUCUGUUUUGCUAGGAUUAACCACGCUAAUGUUACCUUGUGCAUAAGCCGUUGUACAUAAGAUAUACUCUUUUGCAUAGACCCAGCUUAAGAUACACCUUGUUUCUAUGGUUUCUUGCUUUGCAUUGCCCCCUGAGGCGUUUGUUCACUGAUGUUGCCUAAUGUUUAUUACACUAUAACCUGUAUAAAGCUUGCCCAUAGCGAAGACCUGCUUCGAUUAAAUACCUGAGCUACAUGGGCGCAAAAUAGUUAUGUUUUAUCACCUGCAUUGCCGUUACUCAUAUGACUGCCUGCACCGAAGUUGCUCUUAUUACCUUAGGGUGACACUGCAUAUGUUGGCGCACCCGGGUGCUAGUUACUGUUGCACUGAGCACUGCCAUUUAUAGGCUCUACGCUACCUCUAAGUCUCAUCUGGGAACAAAGGCAUGAGGGGAGGCACGAGACACACUUCUAAGCAGCGAUAGCUUCCACCUCAAGCAGCCAGCUAUCCUCACGUAAUUAUCCCCCCUCCCCCCCCAACAUUAUUUACUCACAUUUUUAUUCAUAUACCCAUUUUUUAUAUAUAUACUUUUUUAUUUAUUUUUUUUUCACAUACGUCCCGGCCGCACGUGCAUGGACCAAGGUCCCUGGGAUCCAUGAGAGGACUCAGUCAGGGAUCUUCACGUAGGGCCCUAUCCCUCAGGCCCCCUUAUGCUCGGGGGCACCACCCCUCUUUUAUUAUUAUUUUACUCUAUCUGGCGCACAGAACUUAACUAUCACAAGAGCUACUUAAGCCCUGUACCCGCUCUCCCACAUAUAAAUGGCUCAAUGUACACAGCUGUAAUCCAACAUAUCAAGUUAGUCCUUCGUGUCACUCUUUUUACUAAGCAAUACACUGUAUAAUGGUUAACAUGUACGACUCCUUACACUGUAGCGUGUAUGCAAUAUGCUUCCACAAUGUUGUCCACUCCUCUUAAAUUACUAUAAGUGCACUGUCUAUGUUUCUUGAGUAACGAAUGCAACAAACGCCCACUACUCAAUCCCAUGCAAAGCUAAACCUAGCCUGUAUAACCCAGCUUGCCUUGCAACAUAAAAAGCUUGAUCAUCAAUGGUAUGUUUAAUCUUCGCAUGUCGAUCUACAAUAGGCACCUAUCUCUUGUUAGCAACCUGACCUAGCUAUGUUUGUUUAGCCUGUUCAUUGUCUACUUUAAAAAUGUGCAGAAUUAUCGCACGCUAUGUACAGAACCAACUGUUUGCAUUACCAGGCUUGUCGUUGCUGUCGUGGCAAUACAAGUUAAAAUGUAUUCUACUAAAUGCACAACAAAAUAAAGUAUUGACUGAAUUAUAAAAAAGAAAUCUUAGGAUUGGACAAAGAUAAUCAGUAAUAAUGAUUUUACUGUGGGAGGGGCUGGAGAGUUUAGAUUCAAGCUGUGGAAAAUGUUUUAAAUAGUUUUUAUUUUUUUUAAAUUAAAAAAUUGAGGGAGAGGGUCCUCAAUCUAAAAUAAAAUAAGGAAUACUCAAAGGUUGAUAAUAUAGUUAUUUUUAUAGUUAAGUAUUCUUUUAAUAGUCAAAAUGGUCAGUGCAUUACAGGUGUUUUAGUCUUCUAACACUAGCCAGCCUGUUCUGUGUUUUUUUUGUUUGUUUUUUUUGCUGAUAUAAUUUUUUUUCUUUAGAAAAGCUUGCAAGGUUUGCAACCCAUGUAAGACAUAAACAGAAUACAAAUAUAGUGAGCUAAGUGUUAACAUCAAACAAGUAUAGAGAUGUAAGAAAAGCGAAAAGAAUGAUAGUGGAAGAGAGAGGUAAAAAACUUGGUUUUAAAUUGCAGUGAAUGCUUAUCCCCUUAAGGACACAUGACGGAAAUAUUCCGUCAUGAUUCCCUUUUAUUCCAGAAGUUGUAUUCUUAAGGGGUAAAGUUCAAUGAUACUGGAACCAAAAUAUUAUUGAAACACUUCAGGCUCCAUAACUACUUGCGUUAUCUACAUGGGUUAUGGUACAAAAAUAUGUCUGCCCACAAUGUGAUGUGAUCUAUACUGCAUCAUUGUGCAUGCAAGUUCUCAAGUAGUUUCGUUCAUUUCACUGGUUUGAAGAUUGGCUGACAAAUCUAAUGCAAUUCUUAGACCCUGCAGAAGCUGCUGAUAUGGGUUAAACUAUGGUAAUUAAGGGGUGAAAAUCACCAGUCUGGGUGUCUUUGUAACGGAAGGUUUAUGAAAAUUUAAAUUCAAGUUGUUCAAUCAUGAGAAGUGCAGUCAGCAAUCAGACGUCCUCAGACUUAGCAAACAUAUAAUCAGGAACACAGAUACUGCCUGUUAUUUAGCAGUAGUAUUAAAAAGGUUUGUGUGAAAGGCAAAAGGACGUUAAACAGUUGGCAAGAUCAAACGUGGAUGUAGUGGGUCAAUGUUUGUGAUAUGCAAAUUUUAAAGGAAGACAAGCUUAUGCUAUGCCAGUAGGUAACUACCUACUGUCUGGGGUACCUGUCACUAUCUUGUUCCUACUCCCCUUUUCAUUUUCAAGUAAAGAGAAAUGUGAGUAAAAAUACAUUGAAAACUCCACAUUCACAUUCUGUCAGCUGUAUUCAUUCAGUACCUAUAGCACAUUCUUGCUGUUCUCUGAUUUCACCACUCAUAGCUUUGUCAUAAGACCCACAGCAGUCACACACCAAACUCCUAGCAAUCGCAGCCUACGUAAAGCAUUGCCCACAACACUUGCAGACUUCCGGCUGCUCACUGCCCUCAGCAUUCACACAUGCUUACAGCAUAUAUUCCCUUCCCACUGCAAUCCGCAACUACACACAGCAUUCACAUACUAGCUGUAGCAUUCAACGCUACACAAUUCCACAGAUUAUCCACAUUUAAACCGAACAUUCACAAAUUAACCAUAGCAUUAAAUGUGGCCUUGGCUAUGAGUGGAGAGACCGUAAGUGGAUAAUAAAUGGUGUAAGUGCCUUUAGGAAGCAUUCAGAGAAGUUUACAUGUUCCAGAGUGUUGCAGUAGAACAACCAGUGAUGACCCUAAAGAAUCAUAGAGCUGUUGAGCAGUGUAAAUCUGUACAACAUCUUGUGUGAUUCUCCAUCUGAUACCAGAUCAUUUGUGAUGUAAAUCAAAACAUGCCUUUAUCGAGGGGUUAAAUGUGACUUUCAUUUCAGGUUCUUUUUUUCUCCCUCUUUUGUUUUCAGAAUAGGAUCAAAGAAAAAGAACUGGGACUUGUAUCCUGCCUGUCUGAAAGAGAUGAGCCGUGUGUGCAGGGCAGGUACAGGGAGAGCCGUACUGCUUACUCAUGACAGGAAAUGCUUUGUCAAGGUACAAUAACCCGGGAUCUGAUUGUCAUCUAAACUUGAAAGGAUCAGUAACGCCUGAACAUUAUUUAUUACUGGCAUUUAUAAAGCGCCAACAUAUUCUGCAGCGCUAUACAAUUAGGAAAAACACAAACACGAUAAGAACAGACCAAUACAACACAGAGGACCUUGCCCGUGAGCUUGCAAUCUAAAGGUUAAAAUGGGGAGAUAUGACAAGUGGUAGCAGUGGAAUUUGUAUGUGAUGGCAGAGAUAAUUAAUAGUAUAACUGCAGCAGCUGAGAACUCGUGAAGUGUUUACCCAUUGUGAUGGACUCCAAACCAGCAUUGGAAAAAUACGUCACAUCUCAAUAUAGUUUCAAAGUCCGAUAUAAACUUUCUAUCUCCUAGUUGUGUAGGUUCCAUGAAUGCCUGAGUUGUCUAAUAGAUAAAAUAAAUUAGGUGCAGGCACUCAGGAUUGCUGCAGGAAGGCAGGUUUAUUGGAACAAAAAGUGCAACGUUUUGGCUUACACAGAGGCCUUUAUCAAGCAAUCACCUCCGUGUUACAGUACACUAUUUAAAGGGUGUCAAGCAUAGCCACAAUAAACAAAUUAUGUGCAAAAUUAAUCUAUUAAAAAAAGUUAAAUACAUAAGUUGUCUAAUGCAGAUUAGGCCGAUUUAUAAAAUGUAAUAUACUCACAAUCACAUGUUGCCUUUGGCUUGGGAAAGGUUUAAUGCGUUCUUAAGGCAUGUAAUUAUAAAAAGUCACCCAACUGACCAGGAUUAGGAGUCCUUUUCUUUAAGUCAUCCCAGAAUCACGUUUACAGUAGCAGGUGCAGACAUACACAGAGUAAAUGCAUUUUUACAAAUGGUCAAAAAAAUACAUUAGCAUUACGUGAAAACUUAAAGGACCACUGUAGUGCCAGGAAAACACUUGUUUUCCUGGCACUAUAGUGCCCUGAGGGUGCCCCCACCCUCAGGGACCCCCUCCCGCCCGGCUCUGGAAGUGGAAAAGGGGUUUAAACUUGCCUUUUUCCAGCGCUGGGCGGAGAGCUCUCCUCCGUUCCGCCCCGUCGGCUGAAUGCGCACGCGCGGCAAGAGCUGCGCGCGCAUUCAGCCCGUCGCAUAGGAAAGCAUUUACAAUGCUUUCCUAUGGACGCUUGCGUGCUCUCACCGUGAAAAUCACAGUGAGAAGCACGCAAGCGCCUCUAGUGGCUGUCAAUGAGACAGCCACUAGAGGAUUAGGGGGAAGGCUUAACCCAUUAAUAAACAUAACAGUUUCUCUGAAACUGCUAUGUUUAUAAAACAAUGGGUUAACCCUAGAAGGACCUGGCACCCAGACCACUUCAUUAAGCUGAAGUGGUCUGGGUGCCUACAGUGGUCCUUUAAUUUCAACAAAUAAAAGGCACAUUACAGUGCAUAGAAAUACAGCAUUGGGAAAACCUUGCAUUGUUUGAUUUCUAAACUGAAAUACAUAAGUAUGACAUUUGAGAAUUUUCCAGUUGUGUCUUUUUGGAGGCAUACAUAAACUAAAUUGUGAGCUCCGUAUUAUUCCAGAGUAAAAUAGAUUUUAUUGUGUGUUCUCUUGCAGGCCCUGGCUAAAGCUGCACACACGUGGAAGAAAAUUCACACUGUCUGGGUUAAUAUUGGAGGACUUCAUGCUGGAGUCUACCUCCUCCAAAGGACUGCCCUUGACGCAAGUGAAUGCACCACAGACAAGCCGAAGGAGAAUCUGAAUGAAUGCCCUGUUUCACACUGCAAGGAGGAAGAGCCACCUGCACCUUCAGACACGAUCUAAAACCACUAGAGAAAAUCCCCACUGCUUGAAGCUCUAGCCACAUGCUCAGGUGUUAAUAAAUGUUACGUUGGGUUUUUACUCCUCUGAGUUCUAGCGGAAUGCAGCCAUUUCUGGCACUGAGUGGCUUCUCUUUGACGGUUUUUAGGGUUUAUUGGUUUUGCUACAAAUCUCUUCUUUAUUUCCCUUGCGUUGUUGGAUGGUAUGUUACAUGUUAUGUAUUUUAUGUGUUUCACUGAGAUGCAAUACUGCUGUAAGAGUGUUAUACCUCUAGUUAGCUUAGGUUGCUGCUCUGAGCUGGUAGCCAGUUUGCCAUUUAAAUAAAAAGUUAAAGAAGUUAAUAAUGCGAUUGAACUAUGCAUUGAAAACCCAAUAUCAUGUGUUAUGAUCCUUUUAGUUAUUGUUAUUUGUAAAGCGCCAUCAAAUUCCAUAGAGCUGUACAAUGGGUGGAAUAAGAGACACGUAAAACCAGACAAAUGGACGUAGAGGAACAGAGGGGUUGAGGGCCCUGCUCAAUGAGCUUACAUGCUAGAGGGACUGGGGUAUGGUGACACAAAAGGUAUAAGUAGGGGUAAUGAAAUAGGCUGCUAGAAUAGUAUUAGGUGAUUUUUGGCAGUUGCAAGAGAGGAGUCAUGGGGGGUGGGGGGAGAUGAAUGAAAACCCGCUAACAGUUUAAAUUAUAUGCUUUCCUGAAGAAGUGUGUUUUUAAAGGUUUUUUUGAAGGAGUGAAAGUCUAAUGGAGAAGGUAAGGGAUUUCCACAGAAAAUGUGCUGCCCUGGAGAAGUCUUGGAGGCGAGCAUCAGAUGUGGGUGUACGGACAGAGGAUUGACGUAGUUGUAUAUGUACUUCCAUACUUUUUAAAUUGAUGCAGAAGGAAUUCUCACCUAACGACAAGAGCUCACGAUUAGUGACCGCUAUCUGUAUGGUUACCUCUUGAACAGGGCUUGGCAAAAGGAAGCUCUCCAGAUGUUCUAAAAAAUACAACUACCAUGAUACUCUUCCAGCCUUAUGAAUGCCAAAAGCAUUAUGGAAGUUGCAGUACUACAUCAUCAGGGGAUCUUCUUUCCCAUCCCUAUUCUGGAAAAUUGGUUAAACUCAACAGAACAGGAAACAUAAGUAUAUGUACUGUGUUAAACUGAAAAUUGUUGCUUUCAGAGGGUUAACCCGUGCCCCUUGAUUAGUGACCUACUUACUUGAAUGCAGCCCAACGGCUCUGAAUAUUAAUACUUGGGUGUCCUCGGCUAAUUAAUCAGCAGAACUACCAGACAGUAGGCAUUUGUCUAAAAAGAUUUACUUACAGUCCUCAAUUCUUCAUCACUGUGUACAGGGUUUGUAUGUGGAAACGAAUUUUCAGUUAGACAUAGGGUAUAGAUAUGAAGUUAACUUAUGAAUCUACUGUAAAUUAAAGUAUUUCAGAAAUUGUACUUCCAGAAUCACUGCUAUUAGGUCCUCAGAGUGGUUAAAAGACUAUGGGGAAAGCUGGAAAAGCUUCAUGGUCAUUGUUCUAACCAUAAACAUUCUGAUUGAAGUGGACUCACUGAAUAGAUUAGAAGUGAUGCCUUCUAACGUAUUAUGACAUCACUAAAGUACAGGAAAGUUUACCUAUUAAGUCACAGAGCAAGGAAUGAAUUGUAAAUCCCGAACAACAGCGUAACAUUAAAGGGAUUAAAAUGAACACUGUGAUCAACAUUUUGUAAUACCCUAACUAUUAUCUGUUAAAAUAUACCAUAUCAUUAUUUGUUUUAAUUAAUAUGUAUUGGCAUUUUUUAAAUAAUUUGCCUACAUUUCCCACUUUCUAACAGUCAGCCUUAUGCACCUUCAUUCGCAUUGUCCAAUUACCUGUUUCAAUCCUCACUAUUUUGCAAAGCAUCUGUAGCUUUUAAAAAUCGUGUGCUGUUUCUACCAGCAGCAUUUUCUGUCACUCCAGUUUUGAAAGGCAACAACAGAUCGUUGCAAAAUAGUGAGCACUAGGUCAUAAAUAAAAAAACAAAAUGUCAAAAUACAUGAAUAAAAAAAAAAAA